GCACCCCCAGAUCUAUACCUAAGAAUUCAAUAGUGGAGACAGCUAGAGAUCAAAGAAAGGCCCCUUCUCUUCCAUCACACUUCCCAUUCCAACUCGGGGGUGAGGCUCAGGGAGCACCCCCACGCCACCAGGCUAGGGAAGGAGUGCAAUUGCGGAAGCCGAAGGUUCCGCGUUGCCUUUUAAACGCUCUCCAUCCCCCGCCUGGAGGUGUCCACGGCCCCUUUAAGGCGCGGGGCAUUGUGGGUGCGGGGAGUGGAAUUUUGGAACGAAAUGUAGCAAAGAGAGUACAGUAGUAAGAGUAACCGCGAAGGUGCUGUCGGCCGAGGGGGUGCGCCGGAGAGGUCCGGACUCUCCACCCGGCUUUCCAACGCUGGGGAUCUCAGUCCAGCAGAGCACCAGAGGGAGGAGGCGCCCGAGGACCCGCCCCGGCUCGGUCCACGUUCUCCCCAGGAAGCUGGACUCUAUGGGGCGGGACCCCGAGAGAGACUGAGCAGAACCUGGAGCCAGCCCCGCACCCCUGCACUUCUAAUCAGGGGCGCCCCGGGAGCACUCCCCGUGGGCGCGCCGCCCGCCCUCCGCGCAGCCAUGAGCGAAACGGUCAUCUGUUCCAGCCGGGCCACUGUGAUGCUAUAUGAUGAUGGCAAUAAGCGAUGGCUGCCUGCUGGCCCUGGUCCCCAGGCUUUCAGCCGCGUCCAGAUCUACCACAACCCCACUGCAAACUCCUUUCGAGUUGUUGGCCGCAAGCUGCAGCCAGACCAGCAGGUGGUUAUCAACUGUGCCAUCAUCCGGGGUGUCAAGUACAAUCAGGCCACUCCCAUCUUCCAUCAGUGGCGCGAUGCCCGCCAGGUCUGGGGCCUCAACUUCGGAAGCAAGGAGGACGCAGCACAGUUUGCAGCCGGCAUGGCCAGUGCCCUAGAAGCCUUGGAAGGAGGUGGGCCUCCCCCGGCCCCAGCACCCCCUGCCUGGUCUGCGCAGAAUGGCCCCUCCCCAGAGGAGGUGGAACAACAGAAAAGGCAACCUGAGCACAUGGAGCGCCGCGUCUCCAAUGCAGGAGCCCCACCUACUCCCCAAGCUGGGGGUCCACCUCCACCUCCAGGACCUCCCCCGCCUCCGGGUCCUCCUCCACCCCCGGGUCUGCCCCCCUCAGGGGUAUCUGCUGGAGGUCAUGGAGCAGGAGGAGCCCCACCCCCUGCACCCCCACUCCCUACAGCUCAGGGCCCCAGUGGUGGGGGUUCCGGAGCCACGGGCCUAGCUGCUGCCAUUGCUGGAGCCAAACUCAGGAAAGUAAGCAAGCAGGAGGAGGCCUCUGGGGGGCCCUUGGCCCCCAAAGCUGAGAGUAGUCGAAGCACUGGCGGGCUUAUGGAAGAGAUGAACGCCAUGCUGGCCCGGAGGGAGGAGCCAGAGGCCCGAGUCCCCGCCCAGAGUGAACCUGUGCGGAGACCCUGGGAGAAGAACAGCACAACCUUGCCAAGGAUGAAGUCUUCUUCUUCUGUGACUACCUCCGAGGCCCACCCCCCUGCCCCCAGCUCCAGUGAUGACUCUGACUUGGAGAGAGUGAAGCAGGAGCUUCUGGAAGAGGUGCGGAAGGAGCUGCAGAAAAUGAAAGAGGAAAUAAUCGAAGCCUUUAUCCAGGAGCUGAGGAAGCGGGGUUCUCCUUGACCAUGGGGACCCAGAAGACCCAUCUCCUUUCUGACUUCCCGCCUGACGCCUGCUUUCCCUGCCUCAACUUGACCAGAGUACACCAGAAGGAAUUCUCCCUCACUAUCCCUCUUGGAAGAUUCCAGAGGGUGUGGCUCCCUGGUGCCAUGACCACACCCAUGCUGGCUGCUGAUUGGCUAAGGAGGUCCCACCCCUUUGUUCCCUUUGCUCCUUCCCCUUGCCAUCCCCUUGGGGCUGGUUCCUCUGCUGGGGAUGUACUGAGUAACCCCACAGUAAGGGAAGGAAAGAGGGAAUCUCACCUUCCUUUGUUCUGGACUCACUUUAACGCUUUAAUGCCUUGGAUUUUUUUUUU